AUUCUGCAGGCUGUCCGGGUGCAGUGGAGCAGACAUGAGACCUCGAGGUGGCCCGCUCCUGGCAGUGGUCCUUGUCCUGGGACUGUGUGCUCUGGUGGAGGGCGAGAAACCUUCUCCCUGCCAGUGCUCGAGGCUGACACCUCACAACAGGAAGAACUGUGGCUUCCCGGGCAUCACCAGUGACCAGUGCUUUGAUCUUGGCUGCUGCUUUGACUCCAGUGUUGCUGGGGUCCCCUGGUGUUUCCACCCCCUUCCAAGCCAAGAAUCUGAGCAGUGUGUCAUGGAAGUAUCAGCCCGCAAAAAUUGUGGGUACCCGGGCAUCAGUCCGGAGGAAUGCGCCUCUCGCCAGUGCUGCUUCUCGGACGUGAUCCCUGAGGUGCCCUGGUGCUUCUUCUCACAGCCUGUGCAAGACUGUCAUUACUGACAGGAGCUGCUGACAGCCAUGUGGCUUCCAGGGCAGAAGAAGCAGCAGGCCUCCAGUUCCCAGUUCCCACUUCACGGACUCCUGGGCUUUCUCCGUCAUUCUGCACCUCUGCAGGGCUACACACAUCAUU